AUGGCACGGCCGCAACUCAAACUUUAUGUGGACAUCGUCAGUCCAUUCGCUUACAUUGCAUUUUAUGCACUGCAUGCAUUACUGUGUACUGACUUGCCACAUAAUUUCCCACUCUUCAAACAAUGCGAUGUUACAUACGUGCCGAUCCUCCUCGGAGGCAUCCUGAACGAGUGCGGCAACGCCGCCCCGAUCAUGAUCAAGAAUAAGGGCCCGUACAUCAACAAAGAGCGCGAACGUUGGGCGAAGCUCUUCAAUAUCCCCAUCGGCGGCACACCCGCUGGGUUCCCUGCAAGGACGCUGCCGGUUCAACGCGCCUUGACGGCGUUCUCAGUCUCGCCGUACGCGGACAAGCUGCCGCAGGUCAUCGACGCCUUGUACCAUGAGUACUGGGUGCUGGGGAAGCCCAUCGCCGAGACUCAGGUGCACGGCGCGGCAUUCGCAAAGGUCAUCGGCGAGGAGGCGACGAAGGAGAUGUUGCGGAAGGCGAACGACAAGGACGUGAAGGAUCUGCUGACCAAGCGGACGUCCACGUCGGUGGAGGAGGGUGCCUUUGGCAUCCCCUAUUUCGUGGCGACGAAUUCGAACGGGGAGACGGAUGGAUUUUGGGGAUUCAGUCAUCUUGGGCUGGUGGUCGACCAUCUGGGGUUGGAGAGACCGACAACGGGAGGCUGGAAAGCUCUAUUGUAA